UUCUGCUGCACUCGUUAGUGUUUGUCAACGGUCUCAAAAUUGAACGCGCAAAGGCCAAAGCACCUCCUUUCUCUUCCAAGGUUUCCUUCUUUCUGCUCUUAUAUUCACGCGAUUCCUCUCUUGAUUCCCCUUUAGAAAAUGGACGACGUUAAAGAUAAGAUGAAAGGCUUCAUGAAGAAAGUCAACAACUCUUUCACCUCUUCAUCCUCCGCCAAAUUCAAGGGCCAAGGUCGCGUCUUGGGAUCUUCUUCUUCUCCCUCUCCUCCUCCCUAUGCAACCGCUAAUUCCACUUCCACCCCUCGCCCUCGCCCCCUCAAUUCCAAUCCCACGCCCCCUCCCCACAAAGCCACCGCCUCUUCCGCCGAGAGGGAUCCCAAACCUCCAACUUCUGGGUUCGACCCAUUUGAUUCAUUCGUCACAUCAUCCAAGAGAUCUCAAAACGGGUAUUCACUUAAUGUAUAUGAGUGUCCUGUUUGUGGCAAUUCUUUUAGAUCCGAAGAUGAGGUUUCUGAGCAUGUGGACACUUGUUUGAGUAACAACGCUGAGCGUGCUGAUGUGUCUCAAUUGGCAGACACUGGUGCCGACUCCAAUGCUGAAUUGGAGGUUUGUGUUGGCACUUACGUCUCAGGGAAGCCUUCCCACGGAUCCAUCGACAUUCUUUUGAAGCUGUUGAAGAAUGUUGUUAGAGAGCCUGAGAAUGCCAAGUUUAGGAAGAUCAGAUUGGCCAAUCCUAAAAUUAAGGAGGCUAUUGCCGAGGUUGUCGGUGGAACUGAGUUGAUUUGCUUUCUUGGCUUUGAACUUAAGGACGAGAAUGGCGAGACUUGGGCCGUCAUGGAGCUUCCUUCAGAGGAGCAGAUAAGAUUGAUCAACAAAGCAACACUGUUGCUGGAAUCACAGCAAGUUUCUCCAAAGAGUGAGAAUUUGGCUGCAGCUUCUGCUGACAACAUAGAUGCAAAACCUGAAUCCAAGCCUAUCGACAGACAGGUGAAGGUCUUCUUUGCCGUUCCUGAAACUGUUGCAGCAAAAAUUGAGCUACCAGAUUCCUUCUAUAAACUUUCAGUUGAAGAGGUGAGAAGAGAAGCUGAAUUAAGGAGAAAAAAGAUUGAAGAGUCUCAGCUUUUAAUUCCCAAGUCAUUAAAGGAAAAGCAAGCAAAAGCUGCCAAGAAGAGAUACACAAAAGCUAUUAUUAGGAUUCAGUUUCCAGAUGGAGUUGUACUUCAAGGUGUAUUUUCUCCAUGGGAACCAACUAUGGCCCUCUAUGAGUUUGUCAGCUCUGCAUUGAAACAACCAGGUUUGGAGUUUGAGCUAAUGCAUCCGGUAGUAGUCCGACGGCAGGCAAUCCCUCGGUUCACCAAAGCAGGGGAGAACAAUAAAACAUUGGAGGAUGAGGACUUGGUACCUUCGGCUCUAAUCAAGUUCAAGCCACUGGAAACAGAUUCUGUUGUUUUCACGGGUCUCAAAAACGAAUUGCUUCAAAUCAGUGAGCCGCUUGUAAAUGCUUAAGCAAUUCCUUUUGUAAAUGCUUAAGCAAUCCCUAAGUUUUUUAUUUUCUCUUAGUUUUGUGGGGGAAUGGGGAUAUAGAUAUAAUUUUAUACUCAUUUUGAAGAAGUAAUUUUUCUAUUACAUCAUAAUACAAUAAAUGGAUAAAAUAUUGUUUUA